GCAGUGAAAUUAAAUUAGCAGAAAUCUGCAGAAACACAGGCCCAGACACGGAUUCGUAAUAUAAAGAUUUUGUGGAAUAAUACAGACGGAAUCUUUUUGAUCAUGGUGCUACUGGCUACUGCUUGGAAAUAUAAAUUAUGGAUUUAUUAGUUAAAAUAUUAAAUAUAUGUUUCUGCGUGUCAAUAUUUGUGCAAGAAGUGUUAACGGUUCAAUGUAACUCGACCAAAGGAACUACAGACUUGUUCAAUGCAAAAAUCCGCUCGUGCAAUCCAUCGGAGAUCGAUGACGGGAUUCACGUGAAUGUCACGUGCCCCAACGAGCACGUGAUCGCGGAUCUGGAAGUGACUUCCGGUAUUUUCAAUGACAAAUGCACGGGAAAAACGAAAGACUUAAUAGUUGCAGUUAACAACUGUUAUUGGAACAAUUCAUGUUCUCUGGCACUCCCAAAGACGAAAAUGAUCACGUGCGAAUCGGAAGCAGACACGUGUCUGUGUUUCAUGCAGAACCCGGAUUUUCUGGUUGUGACACGCGCUAAAUGCGUUAAACAGAGUUACAUUAAAGACUUUCGUUGCCGUGGUCCAAAACCCCGGCCUCCGAAGAAAGAAGGCCUCCUACGAAGCACGCGGCGUCUGAAGAAAGGGGGCCUCCGACGAAGCAAGCGGCGUCUGAAGAAAGAGGGCCUCCGACGAAGCAAGCGGCGUCCGAAGAAACCGAAAGAAACCCUGCAGAAAGUGGGCCUCCUCCGAAGUCAUGAGACCUUCCCCUGGUUUUACCGGAAGUCGAAUAGCAUCCUGCGGUGCAAACAGCGCAUGCGCAGAGAAAACAACCUCGUUCUAGAUUGGAAGGUGAACGAUAUAUGUGAAAUCGACGGACUCAAUGUGAAAACUGGAAAAGUGAGAACGGAAAUUUUUGACAGCAACCAAUCUGUGAUAACGAAGGGCAAGAAAACAAUUGGUAUUACGUUUAGAAGAAGUCAGAAGGAUGACGUCGAUUCUGGGUGCGGAGGCUUCCUCAUGUGCUAUAUAGAUAUAAAGCAGAACGUAUCGGGCUACGUCAAUCGAACAAAAUGGGCGUGUGAUGACAUCAUGGAUAAGAACGCGACGAUCGAGAUAUCGACACGAGACGGGGAUAAGCGGGUGAGGUACAGCCAGAUCUGCCCGAGUGACGUAGCGACCAUCGACUGCUGCCCACAAUUAUGUGAAUGACGUCAAUGAAGUGUUCUUUCUUUUGACGUUCAUCUAUAGUGCUUUGUGAUAUAAACUUGAUACUGCUUGGUCUUCGAGCAAUUCUGAUUAAAUUUAUGUAUGCAACUGCAAAUCCGAAUGACAGGUUGUACAUUAAAGGGACUAGACACCAGCUUAUCACAUCGCUUAUGACACAUGUAUCUUUCAAAGUUUUUGCGUAUUUUUCCACUGCGGAAUUUACUGGGUCUGUCUACGACGUAAAUACCAAGGAAUUUGAAAAACUAUUGCGGUAUAAUUAUUUGUACUAAUCACGUGACUUUCACAUGCUAACUAUACGCGCUCUAAACUGAAAAAAACAUUUAUUGCUAUUUUUUAAACGUAUUGAAGCUGCGCUCUUACAGAUUGAACGUUUUGACAACUUUUUUUCUUCUUGGAACGAGCCAUUGUAUAUGAAAAUCCAAGGAAACAAGUUAAAUACGACAGCUGACAAAAAGUAGAUCGCAGAUUUUUAUAUUUAAAUUCAAAAAAUGAUAUUUUAUGCAUUUUUCUUAAACCGUUAGUAUCGGUUUAAGCCAUAAAACAUUAAUGUUCGUAAGGAAAUAUGAACAUCUGCAAUCUGAUCUAUUGUCAGCUGUCUCAUAUCAUUGGCUUGCAGAUAAUUACGCAAAAAGUUGCUCUAUCCAAGACAAAAAAAAGUUGUAAAAAUGGUAUAUCUGUGAGAGUGCAGCUUUAAGACAGCGACAAAAUACUAUUUUAAAUCAUGUAAAAUGAUUUAUUAUCGGCACCAUUCAAGCUCAUAAUGACAUUACUAGGCUUAUUUUGUGGAAAUACGGUAUUUGCCGAUUUCGGGACAAUCUGGUGUCAAGCCCCUUUAAAAAUAAAAACAUGGGCUUUUUGGGAAAGGUAAUAACCUUGGCUCAUGCAUGGAUAUGGGGUUAUUCUUUACAGUUGCCUGUUAUUUGGUAAUAUAUUCAGAAAGUUGAA